UAAAGCUCCACGCUCCACACGUGAGUCACACGUUUAGGGGGCCCUAUUGCCCUUUUAAGAGGUUCUGUUGCCCUUUUAAGGGCAUUGCCCUUUUAAGAAGCUCCGUUGCCCUUUUAAGACCAUUGCCCUUUUAAGAGCCGUCGGUGGGGCCCGGACAACGCAUGCGCGGCUCGGUUGCUGCAACUUUCAACUUUUGGGAUUCGCUCCCUCGGGGUUCGGGGGGAAUUUGAGGGGGUUCGGGGGGAUUUGGGAGCUCCAGGGGGGCGCAGCCCCGCCCCUCCCGGCAGCGCCAUGGUGUCCUGGAUCCUCAGCCGGGUGAUUGAGCUGCUCUUCGGGAUGCUCUACCCGGCCUACGCCUCCUACAAGGCUGUGAAGACGAAAAACAUCCGGGAAUACGUCCGGUGGAUGAUGUACUGGAUCGUCUUCGCUCUCUUCAUGGCCACAGAGACCUUCACCGACCUCCUCAUCUCCUGGCUCCCCUUCUACUACGAGGUGAAGAUGGCUUUUGUCAUCUGGCUGCUGUCGCCGUACACGCGGGGGGCCAGCCUGCUCUACCGCCGCUUCGUGCACCCCACGCUGGCCCGCAGGGAGAAGGACAUCGACGCGUUCCUGGUGCGGGCCCGCGAGCGCGGCUACGAGACCGCCCUGCGCUUCGGCAAGAGGGGCCUCAACCUGGCGGCCACCGCCGCCAUGCAGGCGGCCACCAAGAGCCAGGGCGCGCUGGCCGGGCGGCUCCGCAGCUUCAGCAUGCAGGACCUGCGCUCCCUGCCCGAGCAGGCCCCCGUGCACUUCCAGGACCCGCUGUACCUGGAGGAGCAGGAGAGCCUCCAGCAGCCCCUGGCCUACGGCGCCGGCCUCCGCUACGAGAGCGAGUCGGACGAUGAGGAGCUGUGGUCGGACUCGCAGGUGUCCCCCUCGGUGUCCCCACGCCGGGAUCCCAGACCUCUGUCCCGCAGCCAGAGCCUGAGAACCCUGAGGAAGAACCCAGGAAAAGAGGGCUCUUCGCGGCUCCUGCGCAGCCGGGCCAGGAGGAGAGCGGCUGUGUCAGAGCAGGACAGCUGAAAAUGCCAGGAAACCUCUGCCAGGAGGCUGGAGAGGAAUUUGCUGCUGCGGCGUCAGGAGGCAGCUGUGGCUCCUUGCGUCCCCUGGGGUGGCUCCUUGUGUCCCCAGGAUGGCUCCUUGCGUCCCCUGGGGAGGCUCCUGCACCCCCAGGGAUCCUCGCACUGUAAAUCCCUUCCAUGUGGCCCCUCGAGGAGGGGGGAGCAGCUCAUCCCCCCACUCCCAGACCCCCCAGCUCGGUGCUGGCGCCUCUCCUGUGGGGUCUGGCCCCUUCUUUUCCCCCAUGCCAUGAACACUACAGGCUCCCCGCUCUCCUGCUGCCAUGGUGCCUUAUUCACAACAUUCCCGUUCCCCUGGAAGCCAGGAGUGGAUGUGCCUUGUCCCUCUGAAGCCAAAGCCAUGGCCCCUGCCUGGGGCCCCCCCCAGACACAGACUGACACCUCCAUACUUGAGCCCAGAGCACUGGGCAGCACAAGGCUUUUAACAUUCCCCUCUCCCAAAAAGAGGGUUUUGUACCUGGAAAAAUAAAUGUUUGUUGCAGA